AUGACGGAAAUCAACUUGGGUAUUACUGCUGACAUGCACGUACACUUGCGUGAUGGCGCCAUGUGUAAAUUGAUCACCCCUACUGUCCGCUCUGGAGGAAUUGCAAUUUGCUACGUGAUGCCAAAUCUUGUACCACCAAUUACAACCAAACAACAAGUUAUUGACUACCACGCGCAGCUUACCAAACUCUCUCCAGAAACCACUUUUUUAAUGAGUUUGUACUUGUGUAAAGAGUUGACCCCGCAAUUUGUUGAUGAUGUUAGUCAUUUAAUCCACGGAAUCAAGUGCUACCCAGCUGGUGUUACUACAAAUUCAGCACUGGGAGUUGACCCCAACGAUUUCAGUUCGUUCUAUCCCUUAUUUGAAGUGAUGGAAAAACGUGGGUUAAUUUUAAACAUUCAUGGAGAAAAAGCACAUUUAUCAAAAGAGGAGGAGGCUAGAGGCAACGUUGAAGAUGAGAUCAAUGUGAUAAAUGCAGAACCCAAAUUCCUUCCUGCAUUGCGCAAAUUGCAUGCAGACUUCCCCAAAUUGAAAAUCGUAUUGGAACACUGUACAACCCAUGAAUCUAUUGCCUUGAUCCGUGAAUUGAACAAGGGUAAGACUGCCAAUGAUGAGAUAUAUGUAUCCGCAACAAUCACUGCGCACCAUUUGUAUUUGAUAAUUGAUCAAUGGGCUGGCAAUCCAAUAAAUUUCUGUAAGCCAGUGGCCAAAUUCCAAAAGGAUCGUCAAGCUUUGAUCGAUGCUGCAACCAGUGGUGAGCCUUGGUUCUUUUUCGGUUCUGAUUCCGCUCCACAUCCAAUACACAAGAAGCAAGUUCAUGUUGGUGUUUGUGCGGGUGUUUAUACUCAAUCCAAUGCUGUUGCGUAUGUUGCUGAAGUGUUUGACAAGCAGGGGAGAUUGUCCAAUUUGAAGAAAUUUAUCAGUGAUAAUGGAGUUAACUUCUACAAUUUGAAAUCGGAUAUUAUUGAAAAGCAUAAGGAAGAGAGUGUGUGGUUGGUUGAGAGAAGCAAUAACGUUCCUGAUGUGAUUGGAAAUGGUGAAGUUGAGGUUGUCCCUUUCAAGGCUGGGGAAACAUUGAAAUAUGCCGCUGAGUGGAGAAAAAAUUGA